CUGUCAUCUUCAAAUGGUUCGUUUAGAUGGGUGCGGCGGAUGUGGAAGAGUUAUUCGCCGUCUAAAGGCUUUUACCGUUGGCAUUUGCAGUCAACAACUUGUUGGGAGAAACAGAUUGCACUUUCAUUCACUGGAUGAUGUGGUUUUCAAGUGGGUUUCUUUUUGAAUGAUGAAUUUAGAGACUAUUGUCUCACAGGUAUUGCCCACCUGAAAGAGGCAGAGAUUUAAAAAGAAAAGCUUAACUAGUUCAGGAAUCUGAAAGAGCAGUUUGUAAGGCUUUUGUAAUUUUCAGCAAGGGACUCUACAGGGGACAUAAAACUACUGCUGCAAGGGCAGUAGUUAUUGUUUGUUUUUAGACUUUGAGUUUGAGUUAAUGAGUGAGGAAGACAUCUUCCGCCUUCUGGGGCUUGCAUACUCCAGCCCCUCAGCCAGCGACCUCAGUGAAGGUGUAUCAGACAUGAGUCUGUCUACUUCCCCAGGGAGUGAUGGACCACAACACUUACUCAACACCAGAGUUGUGUCCAAUGGUCAUGCAGACCAUGGCACUGAAGGAGGGAGCUCUGGCAGUGGGGGUGGAAGUGAAAGUGCCCCAAAACCACGCAGGAAGACAAUUGCUCGCCAACUCUCUUCCAACCCUUACCUCACGAGUGCUUCUUCAAUUGAGGAUCACAUGAGUUUGACACCAGCCUCGUCUUUUGCUUUUGGGGAGAAUGCACCUUAUGAAGAUCCCAAAAUCCCCAUGCGUGCCUCAUCUUUUCCUGUUGCUGGGGAGGUGUUGGAAAACUAUUCUUACCAGCAACAUCAAUUAAACCAAAUCCGCAACCUCAGCCACAUAGAACAACCUGGGGAACUGAAUCAGUAUUACACUAAUGUUGUCAAUGGCAAUAACACUCUUCCAAGAGGAAUAAAUUCUUGGGGACACUUUUCCAAGAGCUGUCACAAUCGGUACAAGUAUCGACGUAGUGAUUAUUCAAGUGAUAGUGAGGAGGAUGCUCUCUCUCCAAACCCCUCCCAGCUUCCUCACAAACUUAGUGCAGGCUUCUCUGGACAAGCGCCACAUACCUGCCUCUCUGAUCUGCAACAUGUUACAACUGUCAUUAACCGUAAAAAAAGUGCCAUGGACAUAAAGAAAGAUCAUAACCAUUAUUCAGAAGGAGUUCGCCCAAGUGUGUUCAAGGAGAGAUUUGCAAUGAUGAAAAGGUGGUUUUCAGAAUGCAGUCAUGAGCAAAAAAACAUUGUCUUAAAAGGGUUACUGAGUGUAUGUGACUUGCCACAGCUACAUCUCUUGUCAGUUCGCAUGGAGACGAACCUUCACAGGGGCUGCCCUCCAAAUUGUCAGGAUUUUCUGACUUGGCUGCCCACCCCUCUUGCUGCCAAAAUUAUGACAUACCUUGACCCAGUGAGCUUGUGCCAGGCAGCACAAGUGUGUAAGCAUUGGCAGCAGCUAGCAGAAGAGCCGUCUUUGUGGCGGCGGUUUUGCUGCCAAGCUAAAUGGCGUCUGUCGAAGGCAGCAGAACACAAGCAAGUAAUCAGCCACAUGUCUGCAGAGGGAAGCAUUCAAUGGAAGCAAGUGUUUGCUGAGAGGUUCAGAUUGCGUAACAACUGGCUUGCAGGCAGAUGCACUGUUCGAACUUUUGAAGGCCACACCCAAGGAAUUUCCUGUGUGCAAUUUGAUGAUAAUAGAAUUGUCAGUGGAUCUUCAGACAAAACUAUUAAGGUUUGGAACAUUCGCACAAAUGCUCAGUGGUCAGUGCAGACACUGGUUGGACACAGUGGCACGGUUCGAUGUUUACAUUUGGAAGGAAAUCGGCUAGUCAGUGGAUCAAGUGACAAGACCAUCAAGGUAUGGGACUUGUCAACCCAAGACAGCUGGUCAAGCAUUGCCUGUAAAGUGACCAUGAUUGGACAUAGAGACACCGUGCGUUGCCUGCAAGUAGAUGAUGAUAAGGUUAUCAGUGGCUCAUAUGACAUGACGCUGAAAAUCUGGGAUCUUCGCACUGGCCAGUGUCGUAAAACUCUAGUGGGCCAUCAGGCACCUGUGCUGUGUGUCUACUUCAAUGACACGAAGAUUGUCUCAGGGUCAGGAGACAAAACAAUAAAGCUGUGGAACUAUGAAGGAACGUGCACAAGAACUCUAGCAGGCCAUCAGGAUGCUGUUACAUGCUUACAGUUUGACUCCACACGAAUUGUCAGUGGUUCACUUGACUGUACCCUCAAGUUUUGGGACAUUCAUACUGGAGAUUGCAUUAACACUAUUGACUGGAAGGUAGCAGAAGGUCAUACAGGAGUUGUGAGAUGUCUUCAGGCAGACAGUUGGCGUGUUGUCAGCGCGGCUGAUGAUAAGACCCUUAAGGUGUGGUCUCUGGAGACUGGAGAGCGACUGGUUACAUUAAGAAACCACUCAGAUGGAGUAACUUGCCUGCAGUACAAUGAUUUUAUCAUCGUUUCUGGGUCUUACGACAAAACUGUCAAACUCUGGGACUUCAGCUGUUGUUGACAGCUCAUACUUUGGCUAAGCCAACCAAUGUUGUGGACAUAGAGUAAACUGGGUGUGCACAUCUCUUUGCAGGUGAACCAGUUUAAUUGCUUCCAAUCCCUAUUGUGAUGAUACAGAGCAGACCUUAGAUGCCCCUGACACAGUCAUUGAGGAUGCGGAGACUGUACUUUUGCCUAGAUUUAUCAGUGUUGUGAGAUGCAGGCUUACUUUGUUUUCCUUUUGGGUAUGUGCCCUCUCAUCCUAUUUCGCAGAUCCUGCCUUCAGUUUUAUUUUGUGUCAGUUGUCUGACCCAUUCCUGAAACAGCUGUAAAGUAGGUAAUGUUUGGGAAUAUUUGGUGUUAAAAAAAUUCAUGCAUAUAUUUUUUUUUUUUCGUAAUGAAGCAUGGAAGUUCAUAGGUUAAAUGUGAACACUUGGGUUUUUUGUGGAAUUUUAAAGUUAGGCUUGCAUGAUCUCUAGGAUGAGGAAAUGUCUUGAAACAUCUGUCAAGUGCAUUCCAUUGUUCCUGCUUUUCUGUAAUUUCCCUUGCUUUGAAAGUGAUCAUAGCCCCCCACAAAAGUGACUGCCCCUAUUUAAAUCUUGACAUUUUUUUUAUCACAUUGACAUGAUUGCUCCUUUUCUUCUGGGGUAAGUGUUUAAGUAUAAGCAUUUAAAUUAAGCAUAAAAAGGAAGAAGUUCUUGCAAAGGUGUGUUUUGAUCCCACCACAUUAAAGGAGACAUUUCUUUACCUUGUGAAAAUAAGCAGAAGUUGGGGACAAGUCUGAACAAGUUGAUAUUAUAUUAAUAUAAGCAAAUAUUUUGUCUCCUUGUGAGUAUGACAUUGUAUAUCGAGGAAUAAUAAUCUCAGAGUGAAGCUACACAGGUCCAUAGUAGAUACACCUUGUCAGAAUGAUUGUGGGAUAUAGACUGAUUAAUUUGUGUAUAUGUGUGUGUAUGUGCACGUGCGCAUGUGUUUGUAUUUGCAUUGUAUGAGACAGAUUUCCGUAAGCUUUUCCUAUGUUGCUGGUCUUGUAUCUUACAUGGUUGUUUUUACCACAUAUACUUUAGCUCAUCCAAGGCAUUAUGUUUCAUUAUGAUGUUUUGGGAUUUCUAACUUUACAAUGAGCUCUUUUUGUUGAUCAUUACAGUGCUAGCCUGUCCAGUGAUGUGUUUAUGCUCAGCAAGCCACAUUCAUUGGACUACUUGCCCACUUGGAUUAGAUCACUAUACCAAAUCAUUUACUCAGGAACCACUGGCUUGAUUUUGAUAUCUAUUUUAGUGCAUUGUUGAGACUGUUGUUGCUGAUUUGUUUUACAUCACAUUAGUGAACAACUCUUGGAUUAUGCUUUUUUUUAAUGUUGUGUGGCUACAUCAUUUUACGUUAUGACACGAUUCUGCAUUUAUAUUCAUUAAGUGUUUACUCCAGUGAGACAAAACUCGACAUCAGAUCAAUGGGACAGAAUGUCACCAAGAAAAGCUUAGGCAUAUCCAAAUAAGUUGUAAACCAUUUUGAUUUCUGGAAUUGAUGCAGAGUGAUGAAAUCCAAACAACAAAAAAAAAAUUACUGCAUAAUGAGCAAAAUUGCAUCACCAUGAAGUUUAGAAUAUAUUCAUUUUAGGCUGGCUUUGUUUGUCUCAUUUUAAAGAGUUUUCACUGAAUUAGCAAUUUAUGUGCCUUUUUUCCUGCUUUCUCAACACCCACUUGUCAUUAUGCCUAGUUUGGUGUCAGUGCAUCUGCUGAAGUAUUGUUUACACAAUUGUCUUGAGCUUGCAGUUUUUAUCUGAUAUAUCCAGCAGUCAUUGUCAGACCACUUGAUCCCAGAAGAAUAUGAGAUCCCACUGAUUCCCCCAACCCCACCCUCCAAAAAAACCCCAAAAACAUAAAAAAGCAAGAAAUAUUGUUUAAGUAUGGAUGCACACACGCCCACAUGCAUGCACACACCCUUUUGACCCAGAAAAAAACUAUUGACUCGUCAAUCAUUUUGUUAAUUCAUUUAAUGUUUACCUUAAAAUUAUAUCGAACAAGAUUUUUUUUUCCCCAAAGCAGUGGUUUAGGAACCAGGGGAGCAAGGAAGGGCAGCACCCCUCAAAAAAAAAAUAUACUGAGGAGGCAAGAAUGUGAAUGUCAUUCAGUCAUCAUGGAGUUUACCUUGCCUCACCCCCACUCCCACCUCAAUGCUGAACAUCUUCCUAUGCCACUGCAAACAUGAUAGUAAUAAACACAAGAUUUAUAUAGUCCAUAACUCACACUUGUGAGGAGCAUGCACUUAGUCCUUGAGACAAGAAUAGAUUACAAAGGGCUGAAGGAUAAAUAACAGUGGUGAUUAUAUAGAAUAUAGACAUCAUUAUUUUCAUUUUCUGAACAUCAUGUGCAAAUAAUAGUUAGAAACUUUACUGAUAUCUUAGAAAAUCCAUUAUUCUACAUUUGUAAACAUUUUUGACCAAGAGUUUUGCCAUUUUAACAUUAGCAUGAAAUCAAGAUUUUGCUUCCUAAUAACUCCAAAACAAAAACUUGCUGAUUUAAAGAAAUUAAAUGUUAAAGAAGAUUAUGAGAUUAAGUAGUUGUUAUUAUCCUUAUUGCCUAUUUUGAGCAUAAGAUUUCAACACAGCCUCUCCCAGCAUACGGUCUUUGAAAGGUGAAGUUGUUAGUGUAAAAAUACUAUAUUUUAAAAUUAAAAAAAACAAAACAAGUGCGCCUCUUGCACACAGCCAUGCACACAAUGCUAAAAAAUAAAACAGCUUUAUGUUCUUAGUCUUCAGCUUUAUUUUGGAUAAAUAAACUAUCAUGUAAGAAUGAAGUGACUGAUACAUUAUUUCCAAAAAAGCAGGCAUAUAUGCUAAAGCAUAUUGUACAGAUUAAACCAAAAAAACAACAGAGAACUUGAAAGGUGGGUUAACGAGAACCAGAUGUCUUCCAUGCAUAAAAGAUAUAUGCAUUUUCUACAGACUGCAUAAUCACAAUCUUCAGGAGGGAUUUGAAUUCUUUUUAGCAGCUUUGAAGGCAAGGUUGUUUUUUGAACAUGGUUGUCAUCAGAAUUAUUCCUUGGAUAGGUUUUGCUUCUUCUACUUCCGCUUUCAACAUCUGUGCAGUGAGAUCCUCUUGUCAGGGGAUGCCACAAAGCUGGAAGAGAUCAUUUCCUAACCUCCAGAAUUGGGUGUGAAGGUCCACUCCAUUUGGCCAUAGCUCCUGAUGCUUUACCUUGGAGUUUGCUUUGGGUGGUCGUAUUCUCACUGGACUGAGCCUGCAUGCAAGGGGAGUGGAGACAGCUUUUUCAUUUUCUACCCCUGUGUGGGGACUUAAAGAUUACUUCUUUUGUUUAUAUCGGCCAUUUUUAGACUGGGGCAGAAUUCAUCCAGAAUUAGAUGCAGCCCCAGUUUUCCAUUUCUUUCCGUUGAUAACUUUCUGUAGCCUAUAGGUCACUGCUGGUGUGUUUGGACAAAGUCCACAUUGCCAGUCAUCCCCAUGCAGGCUGUUGGAGAAUUACUUGGAGAUGAAUUAUGUGAUGUUAUUUCUGAACAUCAGCAACAAUGUAGGGACACCCUCAUGUAGUGUAAUUUUCUUGCUGUGGAAUCUAUCAUGUUGACUACUCUUGCAGCUCUUUUAAGCAGCAUGGCAGAUCCACCUACAGAUGUUGCACACUCUUGAAGUAGACCCUGAAUGUCUUUUUCUCUUCUUGCAAAGAGUUAUUAAAGACAUUGUCAAUUAGGAAAUUAAUUGCUGCCCUGACCCUCCUGUUUAAGCCUUGGUGUAAGUCAAAGGAAGUAAAGAAAGCUUCAUACACACACCCUUUAAAGUGCUUAUUUUCAUUCUGCCUAUGGCAAUACUAAUAUUUAGAUGGAUUAAGUGUUUUUGGAAAAAAGAUAUGAUCAUUAGCAAAACUAAUAGCUGUUGAUUUUGUCCCUGAAUAAAAAAUGUUACGUCGUUAAGUGAAUUAGCAGUGUUCACAUUUGGGUCAAAUAUUGCCCUUUUUUGUGGGCACACAUGUAGUGUGCAUUAUAUAUGUGUGUGUGUGGAUGCAUCAAAACUUUUCAAUUGUAAGAUUUUAGGUAAGCUUUGCAUAUAGAACUGUUAAAUAUUCCUUAAGAAACACUCAUUUUCUUAUAGUGCAAAGUGGAUUAGAUAACAGUGGGAAAUUAAUGUAGUAAAUGCAUCCCAUUAUACUUUAAGUAUGUCAAACAAUUUAACAAUAAAUUAUGGAGUAAUUAUUUUGAAAAAUCUAAGAAGCAAAUGUCUAAUUCUUGUUUAGUAUAUUCCACAAAACCAUGUAAGAGUUUUGUUCAGAUUUCUUAAACCUUCCUAACAGUAUAUGUUUUAGGGUGGAAGAAGAGAAAGGAGCAAAGAGGGGUGCGGAGGUGGGAAAACUGGCACAAGUUCAUGUGCAUUCUCCAUUUCUGAUGCAUUAGAUCCUCAUUUUUGUGCCAUAAUGGUGUGUGCAUAAUUUGUGGCAAUAUGCCACGUGUCAGAUGACUCAAUGGGCUUUUCAAAAUAAAUACUGGCACAGAGGUAGGGACCCCUGAGAUCAUUCAAAACAAACUUUAAGAGCAGAACACAUAUAGACUGGCUGAAUACUGAGAUUUCCCAGUACUGAAACUGGCAACUAAUUGUUGACUUUAUCUAAAUGAAAUUCACAUUGUUCCUUUUUUCUGUGAAAUGCUUUUCAAUGCUCUAUCUUUCCUUUCUUUUUUUCUUGAGCACCCAGUCGUGUGUGCAAGUUUAUAUAUAUACACACACAUAUUACUGAAAGCACAGUUAGUAUCAUGGUGGUAAGCAUUCCACGAUUGUUCUUCCUGUCAUCAUCCUUGAAGAAGUGAAAGACAUAUUGAAGGUCUUAAAAUGGUCAAGAAAGAGGUUUUCUUGAACUACUACAUAUUAUGUAACAUAUUGGAGAAAUUGCAGGAAUUAUCAUAACUUAUUUUGGAGAUUUAUUGCUAAUUAAGCAGUAGGAAAGGACAAUUUCAUGUUCCAUUAAGUAAUAUCUAUACACUAUAUUAGUAUUUGUCUAUAAUUAUAAAAUAAGUGAAAGGUAUCAAAAACUGUAAAAUGGGAUCAAGACAAACAAAAAGCAAAACGAACAUUUAAGAAUUAGAUCAAGACAGUUCCUGGCUCAGUCAAAGUAACAUGAUUUAACCAAGAAACAAAACAAAACAAACAAAAAAGCAUGGCAUCUUAGGUAAACCAUAAAUCAUUCAUUCUAUAGUUAAGUAGAAAAUGUUAUCAGGGUGUUGUUGACUCCAAAGGGAGUUUAUCUUGUGCUGAUGAUAGUGGGUAGGAGGUGAUAUAAGCAAUAAAAUCUGAUAGUUUGAAAAAUUAUAUUGCAUAUGUGGGUGCAUGCCAGACCAGAAAUCUCCAAAAUCCUGAAUCAUGAAAAGGAGUUCAUGCUUGAGCAUUGGUCAAUUGCUAACCAACUACCAGGGAAUCUGAAUCCACCUUAAGACAUUUAGUGUGAUUGCAGCAACCUGCAAGGAAGCAGAACCAAAAUAUCUUUCUCAUAAUAUAAAGCUCCAAGGAAAAUUGGUUGUAAAAUCCAUAGAUUAAAUUGGGAAUUAAGAUCAAAUAAGACCUAGUAUGCAAGAUACAAAAAUUUGAAGGACUUUCAUCUCUUACAAAAAUUAUUUAUGAGAAGUAUAAGUGUUGACAAGAAAGACUAUUUCCUGGGGUCUUUUAUCCUUCCAGCUCUGCUGGGAACUUUGCCAGAAGUGUUUCUUUUUCUACUCUUCAUUGGCUUAUGACAUGGGUAAAAUAUCUUGUAUCAAGCAGCUUCUGAAUUGACCGACAGGUUUUAUGUUCUCAUACAUUGACAUUGUGGAAGCGAAGAUGGAAGGAAGGCAUUUUCCUUGAUUUGUUUUCAUAGUGUUAUCAAAUUACUUUAUGCAUCACCUGUGCUUGAACAGAACCCAUUCAGCAUAGAAAUUAAAAAAUGUUCACAAACACUUAUGGCUCAGGUGAGAUGCAUUUAGGACAAUGUGAACAAUCCUUCCAAGAUAGACCCACCUGUCUUGUGGAUCAAGGCUGUGGUUAAUGAGUAGCAGAGUUUAAUUUUAUCCCAACUUAUUUUGAAAUAUGUGAUUUUAGAAAAGAGAUCUACUGCAGCAGAACAGAAAAUUCGCUAUGCAGUUCAUAUAGCUGUGUAGAUUUUUUUUGUGGGGGAAAACUGUUAAACCUUAUGAAAGAAGUUGGGUCAGCAUAGGCAGAUUUUUUUUUACGCUAUGAAAAAUGGCUUGGCUUGUCUUCACCUGUAUAUAAAGAUAGCUUUUAUAUUACAUUGAUUGCAAUUAUUGUGACACUUAAGCAUUCCUAUGUACCUGAAAGAAUAUUUUGCUGUUGCAAUGUAAAGAGUUAAAGUACACCAAAAUUUGGCAAGGCUUGCAAUCUGGCUGUGAUUAUCCUGUUUACUAUGGUUGUAAAAGGGUGUGGAAAUAUGCAGUUUCCUGUGAUUGAUGGUUUUUGUUCUUUUUUGCUAAAACUGCUGGCUAGUGUCAUAUAAUGCACCUCAGGCCAAUGUUCUAUACUAUUUUCACCAGGAGAAAUAUGGAAUCAAUUUUCUGCAUAAUUCAUCUGUUCUAACAUCAUUAUAAUUCAUCUGUACCAACAUCAUUAUAAAGCAUUUGGCAUGUACUGCUUGCUUUUUGAAGGCAAAAGCAAGACAAACUAAAAUGCUUGGCAUCAAAUGAGACAGGGAUAAAUUUGUGUUGUUGGUGAAAAUUCAUAAACAAGCGAAAGCGAUGGCUUUAGCAUGCAGAUUUGAAGUGGGAGAUUGGAUUCAUGCAAAAUCCAGCAGUUUGUUUAGUCAUUGGGAACUUCCUUUGUUUUCCUAAAUAGGAACAUGAUCUGAUUGUCAUUUAAGCAACACAUUGCUGAGCAGAUUAAAAAAAAAAGAAAUUAGGGAAGAAACAUCAGCUGUUACAACUAAAACUUUUAUAAUAAUAUUAAAUUAUAUUUAGUCUGUUCAUUACAUUUGUAUGAACUCAUCUUUUCAAAUUUUGUUUGAGGAGGGGUGUACAAAGAAUUCAUAGAUUUGUUCAAGUACUAUUUACUGAAGAAUUUUUGUGAGACUUUUCCCUCUUAUCUCUUGAGCAAGUGCCUAUAUCUGUUGGGCUAAAGUGAUUUACUAAAGAUUAAAUGAAUUAACAUGAAGAAAUGUGGCAAGAUUAAUGGACAAAUAUUAUUUUGUGUGGACAAACAUUCUUUUCUUGCACUUGUCAUAAAAUUUUUUAGGGUUCAGCAGGUUUAUUUUUCGUAAAAUAGAUAUGUAUAAGAAGCAAAUGUUUUGUAUCUGUUAAAAGAAACUAUAAACUGAUUAAAAUUCACUUUUCCUGAAUUUCGGAACAGUUCAAUCUCUUGUGGCCGUAGUCUGGAUCACCGCAAGAACAAAUUUGAACAAAUAGUAUAGAGUUGUGUGACUUGGUUCUAUUUUGUAACUGCAAAAUUACAAACCUUCCAUACAUUUGACCAUAAUGAAUGUUUCUUACUACUCUCUUUCCUUGCCUUUUCCCAUCUCAGCAUUUGUGCUACAGUGCCAGAGGGGCCAGCAUGCUCAUGCUACAUGUGUGGGUGUUAUCUGUCUUCUCUUUUGUGUAAUAUACCAUACCUUUCCUUCUGAAAAAGACAAUAAUUGUGAAAAGGUGACACUUUAUUUCUGUCCACAUAUCUUCCCCUUCCCCCGAUUAGACUCAGUUUGUUGCACAGCAAAAAUUCAAAUGUUCCAAGGUUCUCAGAGGGAAUGCCAUCUUGCCAGGUGGAGAGAACAUCCAAACUGAAUGUAUGCUCCAGCAUAAGGCUGUCACAAAAGAUUUUAUUAAUAUUUAAUAAUGAAGGUGGAAACUUCUCAUGAGAAGUUAAAAUAUAAUUAUGACUUCAGCGUGCGUUUUGAGUCCAGAAUAUACAUGAUUUCCAUUUGAAUAUUGUCACCAUCAUGUUAAGAAGAAAAUAAUUGGCCAUGUUUUUCUUGUGCCUAGCACUUGGAGAUGUUUUCUUUACAUAGAGAUUCCAUGGAGUAGGUCAUAAGGGCAGUAAACUAUUAAGUGGUUCACCAUAUCGACUAGGACAAAGCAUGGCAAAGGCAGAGCCAAACCUUCUCCUGCUUGUAACUGCCAUGAUAAAUCAGCUGCUGGAUGUCUGGGUGAUUUGUUUUUCUAUUUUCGGCCACCUUCUGUUUCAAAAUGUCUGGACUGACUGUAGAACUUGGAUAAUGUUCAGCCUUCGAAAAUAGGAAUGGAGUUCUUUGUAGUUAAAUCAACAUUCCUUUUAGCUUUCUUUAGAAAUGUUUUGCAUGUUUGGAAUGCAAUGAAAGAUCUUUUCCCCUGAAAAUGUCCAAGGAUAGCUUCUUAUAGUUUAUGAACAUGAAUAUUUUGCUGUCAUAGGCACAUGAGCCAGGCUUGCCUGCUGAUACUCUAGGUAGCCUGAUAACAUUCUUGCUGUCUGAAUUAUAUAGGAAGCAUAAUAACUGAUGGUUUAGUAUGCUGCACAUUCAUUAUUAGAUUUGUUGCUGAUGUCUUUUUUUUGUUAAAAUUCAUGCUAUGGCUUUCAUUAUUUGGUUCAGAAAAAAAAUAUUUUAAGGAUAACAACUAGGUUUUAUUGAUUGUGCAGGUCAUGCUUGAUAUAAAUUAAUAUUUAUGCAUAAUAAACCAUCAAAUUACUUGUUAGGCACUGUGGUCUUUGCGGCAUUCUUGCUGUCUGCUGCUAUGGUUAUGGUGAUAAAAAAACAGUUGCAUAAUUAAGUUAAUGAAUAAGCUCACUUUUUUGCUUUUACAUAUCAUUAAGUCAUUUCAUGUCCUUUUGACUAGUUAGUUAAUCCCCCAGCCAUCUUGAUCGUAGGCUAACUUUGUUUCAUAUCUUGCCCACUCCUUUCCUCUCCUCCUCAAUAGUUCAUUAUCAUGUUUCCAGUGGGUGCCUUUUUCUUUCUCAUAUAUAGUAGUUCCCAUCUGAAGCCAUUUUAUGGAUGCCUGAUCUUGUUUAUCAGUGGGAUGUGGCUUGGCUACCACCAUCAUCUUUGUUUCACAUCUUUUGUAGUGUUGUUGAUGCCUGUGCAUCUGCUCACUUCUUUGCUCAUAACUCAAUAAUUUUGAAAGUUUGAAUGAGGCAUCAUCCUUCAAAGCCUCAGAGCCAGCUCUUGAUCUUGUUGGUUCUCCAGGUUUCUAAGGCAUAAUGUAAAGACUGAGUGCACAUUUGAUCUGUAAGUUUUCCAUUUGAACAUGAUCUCUAGAUGUUCUGCAGCUUGUUGAAAGCUUGUGCUGCAAGAGUUAUUCUGGUUGAGAUCUCGUUUUUAAUGUUGCUUUAUGGGUGCCAAGAUACUUGAAGUCCUGCACUUCUUCCAAAUCCGCACCACGUACCUUUGUUUUCAAUUUGCUCUUGUUUUUUACUUUCAUCACCUUGGUCUUGUCAGAAUGAAUCUUGUGUCUGGUCUUCUUCUCCUGGAUAUCUUUCUGGGUGUGUAAAUGCAGAGACUUGUCAUCUGCAAAGUUGCAGUGUUCUGAUCUGGCUAUUAGUUCCAUGCUGUUUGUGUCCAGUGUCUCUCCUCAUUAUACAAUCAGUAACAACAGACAAGAGGAGAGGAGAUUACACAUCCCUAUCUGACUCUUGACUUCACAUGAAAACACUAGCUUUGGUGCCCUUCCUGACUUAUACAACACUGAUUGCUGGCUUACAUGUUUUUCAGGAUGAUGGUUACUUUUGGUGGAAAUGUGUAUGCUUCUAGUACAAAGGGGAUGGAUGCUAUCAAAUGCUUGUUCAAAGUCGAUGUAAUAUAUGUUAAAGCAGGGAAUUCCAUUCAAGUAAAUUCUCCACCAUGAUGCAUAUGAUGAAGAUCUGGUUGUGCAUUCUGCCUGUUAUUCUCUUGUGAUCCUCUCAAUGGCUUAUCUCGUAUUCUGUAGGGUGGCCCAGUGGUGCAGGCAUUAGUGCCUGUCACCAAUACAGAGAAGGUUGUAUGUCCUGGGUCAACUCUUGUCUUGAGCACACUGCUCUUUCCCUAUAUGUGAUAUAUUCUUUACAGGACUGUGCUGUGAUAUAGCCUUAGUUGCUGGAUCAAUAUAAAACACCAAUUUUCCCCCUCAUACUCUUAAAAACUCUGGUACUGAUAGUAGAUCAAUUCCUUUCCAGUUUCCUCACACUGGAUGGUCACUUUUCUUAGAUAACUUCACAACGAUGCCUUUCUUCCAUGUUUCUGGAACCAUGCUUUGUUGAAGAGUUCUUUUUGCGCCAUGGUGCCAGUAGUGGGUCUCCUUUAGAAUAUCUGCAGUUUUCACCAAGUGUCCUCUUUCCUUCUAUCUCUUGCUGUGUGUCCACAUUUCAUUUCGAUGUUGAAGCCUGUAUCUUCUGUCAUUGCUUCUUUAUUUGGGUCUGGUCUAUUUAAUAUAUCUUUGACGUGAAAAUUCUCCGUUUGUUGAGUUUAUCUUCCUCUUUCAUAAGAACUUUGCCAUUCCUGUCCUUCACUACCAUUAUCUCACCGGUAAAUCCUCCAGUGAAGGUCUUGGUGAUUUUUUUCAGCUGCCGAAUGUGCUCUUUUUGCUAAAUUGUCUGUGGAUUGUCUUUUAUCCUUGCAAACACUCCUCUUCACAGCGAUGUUGUUUACUAUGCAGUCUUCUCUUCCUUGCUCCCUGGCAGUGGAUGUUGCCUUUUUGCCCUAUUGUCUUUAAUGAGCUGCCAGGUGCUUUUAAGAACCAGUCCUUCUCUCUCUCUUUUUAUUUGUAGCCCAGCUCAUCUUUGGUGGGAUUGAAGAAUGCCUUCUGUACAUGAUCACAGAGGGUUUUGAUGUCAUCUUUAGGCAUGUCUUCCAAGGCCUGAAACCUGUUGGUCAGCUCCCCAAAGAACCGGGUCUUCACUGUUGAGUCUUUCAAUUUGCUUGAAGCAAAGAGUUGUUCAUUGUUCAUCUUUCUUGUCAUCUUUAACUUGUAACUUGAACAAGACAAUGGUUGCUGCUGGCAAUCGCCCAUCUCGGUACUGACAUUUCUCAUGGGACCCCGUCUAUGUCAGUGGCAGUGUGGUCGUUUUGAUUACUGGUUCUCCUGUAUGGUGAUGGCCAAGUCAUCUUGUAAAUGGGAUUAUGCUGUAAGACAGUGUCACCAAUCACCAGUCCAUUUUCUAGACACCUUUCCAAGAAUCGCUGUCCAUUGCCAGUUCUCCUUGUCCCAUGCAGGAUUCGCAUCCUACCUUCACAUUAGUCACUCAUCACAAUGAGCAUGUCAUGUGGUAUUUUGUUUAUCUGGUCUUGCAGGUUGCUGUAGACAAGUCUUUCUCCUUCUCUGUGCCUUGUUCUGUUGGCACAUAGUUCUGUGAAAUGGUAAUCUUUGUGUACCUGGAGAAGAACCUUACUUCGAUGAUCUGAAUGCUAACCAGCUUCCACCCUAAAUACUUCCCCUUUUUUGUUCAUGAUGAUCCCUACUUCCUCUUUGUGUUGACCAUUUGUGCAUCCUUAGUAACACACUGUCUCUUCUCAACUGAUGGUGAGGUUGCUUGAGUCUUACCACACUAGCUUCACUUGCCCACAUGUUCCAGUCUGCCACUCUCACUUGUUUGGGUUUUUCCAAGCAUUCAAUGGAGAAUAGACUUUUUUCUAUAUAUAUUUUUCACUCUUCAUACAAGGCAUUGCUGCCUCAAUUCUCAUCACCCAAUGUUUGAUGACUUUCUAAUGAAUUUAUCAGCAUUUCUAUAACCUCUUUUUUUCUGCAUGUUCCUAGCCCUAUGCACAAUUCCUCCCCCCCCCCCUUUUCUCAUUGUAGACUUGGGACUAGUCAGUGGUGAAGUUUCUUGGCUAGGAAUAGGACCAAAAAAUAUGGCAUUUAUGCAUAAUUUAAAAUUCAAGAUACAUAAAUGCUAUAAAAUUAAAACUAAACUGUAUUAUGCAUGAAAGGUUUUAGGUCUUUUACAAGAUUUAAAAGCUGUUAAUGAGUCCCAUAUCUGGCAUAUCAUAUUAUUCUUUUCUGAUCAUUUAAGUAAAUAGCAUUUUUGAUUGAAAUCAUUAGACUUGCAAAAUGCCUUUGAUACUGUUGAGCAUUUUAUACUUUUAAACCGACUUUAGAACUCUUUUUGGCUUUUAUGCUGUUGCCUGAUUUUUGUCCGAUCUAAUGUGUACUCAGAUGCUCUUUUGAUAUGUGAGGGACUGUACGUCUUGGGAUCUGUUCUUUUUGUGCUGUAUACUUCUUCUCAGUCUGACAUUAUCACUUGCCAUGCCAUGUGACAUCGGUGUUUUACUGAUGGUACACAGCUUUAGCAAUCAACUCUGCUUGCUGAAGUUGAUGUACUGAUGAUGUGGAUACAGGAAUGUAUUAGUUAGUUAGUUAUGCCCUUCGCCCCUCCUGGUGCAUAGGCCAUCGACGACCGCCCUCCAACGCCUCCUGUCCUGGGCUACCGUCACCAGCUGACCCCAUCCAAAUCCGGUGAGCUUGGUGUCGGCGGCGAGGUCCCGUCUCCAGGUGUUUCUCGGCCUUCCUCGCUUUCUCUUUCCCUGGGGGUUCCAUGUCCACGUGCCCAUGGAAAGUGUUUUCCUGGUCGAUAGAAGGGUGGUCGGUGUUGUAGCUUCCGAAGAUCGGCUUUCACCGCAACACGUCAUACUCCCUCUAGGUGAAGGCCCUUCCUCUUCCAGGACUGUUGGCCAUUGUUUUGCUGUUGUCGAUGUUUUUGUAGCAAGGGUUUGUUUUACGGGGUGGGGGUGCUAGCCCCACGCCCAACCCUCCUCCUUUUCCAGCCGGGCUUGGGACCGUCCUUGGCGGAGUUUACAGGAAUGUAUGGCGGAUGUAAAGACUUGAAUGACCUAAAACAGACUGCAACUAAAGGAAAGAAUUGUUGCAAUGUCCUGAGAAAUUUCUUGGUCACCAUUCUCUUCUCAUUCUUAUGCCAGAAAAAGUUCUCUAUUCAUUUUUCUGCUUUUUUUUCACAGUUUAGGUGUCAUUCUUGAUUAGACUUUGAAUUUCUGGCAUCAUACUGCUCACCUUUGAAAGAUUAGUUCAGGAUAUCAUUAUCUCACCACUGAUGUAGCCAAAAUGCUAGAUUGACUGUUGUUAGCCUUCAAAACAACACUUGUUUAUGUAUAGAUAUCUAGAGCUGAACAUAUAAUAUCCAUCAUCUUGUUCACUGCCUGUUACUCAUCAUAUAGCUUAUCCUUACUGUUUGUUCCGAUUCCUCUUUGGGUCUUUUAUACUUUUCUUCUAACACCAGGCUUUUUUUUUCCUACCCACCCCUCUCAACCUUGAACAAAAUUACCUGUUAGCCUACUCAAAUUCCUUGACCUCCUUUAAAUCUAAACUUAAGAUUAAUUUUUUUUAUCAUAUGCUGUGAUUGUGGAAUGUUCAUGUUUGUAAUAUGUGUGUGCACAUGCAUGCAUGUCUCUACAGGAUUAGGUCUGUAUUGGUGUUUCUCCUAUGUGUGAAGCGCUCAGAAUAUUUUUUGCUAAAAGUAUGAUAUAAAUAUUCAUCAUUAUUAUCAAUAAGUGACAUGACAAAGAUAAGUAUUUUUAAAAAAAUCAGUCAGUCCAUCAGUAAUCAAAGCCACAUCACAGUUUUAGACAAUUGUACAAUUGUGGUGUGUAUUUAGUGACUGUCUUUAAAAUGGCAUGUAUACUUUGUGAUUUGCAAUUUUUUAAAAUUUUCAGGAGACAGCAUAACAUCAGAAAUUUCAGGUGUUUAAAGGAGUGCUUUGCUAUAUACGUCUGUUGGAAGUUUUUGUUUUUGGUUUGGCUUGAGUUUUGCUUGUUCAGGGGGUGCAUUCUUGCUUACCUUAGUCUUAAAUCCUAUGGUUGUGACAAACCCUAGCAUACUUAUUUGCUGCUAGUCAUUGUAUUAAAACACAUACUGAGAUUUCUGUACAGUUUUUCAUCUGUAUAGCAACUUAGCAAUUUUUGUUUAUUGACCCAGUUGUUAUACAUUUGCACACAUGGAUAUGAUACAGACUGUGGUUUACAUUUUGAUAUUCAUCAUUACCAGUCAGUUAAAUAAUUGUGAUCAAC